UGAGGACUGCACCAGUGGACAGAACAGCCUGAGUCAGGAUGAAAGCUCUCAGGGCUGUCCUCCUGAUCUUGCUACUCAGUGGACAGCCAGGGAGCAGCUGGGCACAAGAAGCUGGCGAUGUGGACCUGGAGCUAGAGCGCUACAGCUACGAUGAUGACGGUGAUGACGAUGAUGACGAUGAUGAAGAAGAGGAAGAGGAGGAGACCAACAUGAUCCCUGGCAGCAGGGACAGAGCACCGCCUCUACAGUGCUACUUCUGCCAAGUGCUUCACAGCGGGGAGAGCUGCAACGAGACACAGAGCUGCUCCAGCAGCAAGCCCUUCUGUAUCACAGUCAUCUCCCAUGGCAAAACUGACACAGGUGUCCUGACGACCUACUCCAUGUGGUGUACUGAUACCUGCCAGCCCAUCGUGAAGACAGUGGACAGCACCCAAAUGACCCAGACCUGUUGCCAGUCCACACUCUGCAAUAUUCCACCCUGGCAGAGCCCCCAAAUCCACAACCCUCUGGGUGGCCGGGCAGACAGCCCCUUGAAGGGUGGGACCAGACAUCCUCAAGGUGACAGGUUUAGCCACCCCCAGGUUGUCAAGGUUACUCAUCCUCAGAGCGAUGGGGCUCACUUGUCUAAGGGUGGCAAGGCUAACCAGCCCCAGGGAAAUGGGGCCGGAUUCCCUGCAGGCUGGAGCAAAUUUGGUAACGUAGUUCUCCUGCUCACCUUCCUCACCAGUCUGUGGGCAUCAGGGGCCUAAAGACCCGUCCUCCCCCAACCAGGACCCUUCAGCCUUUCCUCCCUGACAACCAGCUUCAGAGAAUAAACUUGAAUGUCUUUUGCCAUCUAGCCAGUUGCUACUCCUUCGGCCAUUCCCUGCCCUCAGUUUCACCCUCAGGCCUCCUUGCCUUCUUCUCUUCUCAGCCCGUGGGUGGGUAACAUGUCAGCCUCAGAUCUGGCUGUCUGUUGCCUGUGCUGUGGGGACGUUCAGCCUACAGGGGCCCCAUCUGCUCAGCUACGCAGAAAAAAUAACAAGCCUCAAAGGCUCAUUCUCAUCUUGAAUUUGCCAGCACGAAAUUCUCCCCGCUAGAGCCACCAUCUAGAGAAAAUCAGCCCUUACGUGUGGGGUGCAGGGUGAGCCUCCAGAGACCUGAAGGGAGGAGGUGUUGGAAGGAAACCAAGAGUGUUGCAGGGCUGAAAUACAAUGGCUGCAGCUAAGGGAGGGAGGGAGGCAGAGAGGGUAAGGAAGGCCUGGCUGCUCAGUAGGGGAUUCUUCAGCUGUGGCCUGGCACAGAAAUCCAUCCUCUUCUGGGUUCUAGAACCUCUCUUCUAGCGUAGGCCUCCAAGAGGAUGCUGGGAGCACAAGAUGGACCACACAUCUGGGAAAUGUCACAGAGCCCCAAGAACUCCUUAGGCAGAGAAAUAGAUGGGACUCCCAUCCCUGCCUGGGGGCAUGGGUACCUUCUCUGGUGAGGAGAGGCCCCUAGGAGGUAGCAUCUCCUUGAGUCAUCAGGGAACCUGGCUUCUUGGCAGGAGGGCCCAUCUUUGACUGAGUACAGCUCCUUUGGCUGAGCUCUUGGCUUCCGUGACUGCAUCAAGCUAGACCUCCACCAGCAGCUGGUGCCAGAGCAGAUCUCUGGGGUAGGAAAAAGACCAUGCCCGGACCACUGCUCCACUGCUGACUUGGAUAGAACUCAGUUUCCCCCACUUGUGCAACAAGCAGACGGCUUGAGGGACUCCCAGGUCCACAGUAGCUCAGCGUUGCAAAACUAGAAGUCUAGAGUCCUUGCCUAAAAGCUGAGUUUGUUUGUUGGCAUGCAAUAAGAAAUCCCUAUUCUAGCUUAUCUCUCCUGUUCCUGUUAAUAAAGCAUCUGUGCCAAGCCAGGCUGUACAAGGCCAGAGCUCUUGAGUGGAGGAGGCACCUCUUCCUCUGUCCCCUUUCUCCUUCCUGCUGACUGGAACUCAGCAGCCCUUUCUACCACAAGGAAGCACCAUGCAGUGGCAAGGGGACAUGGGAGAAGGUUCUGGAACACCAGUAAACAAGGCAUUGCACCGUGUACCUCAGGAGGGGAAGUAAACUCCCUUGUUGAA